CACUUUCACAGUCCUCCACUGUUGCGAGCCAGUCAUCUCCUCUCCUUGGAACUUGUGCACUCAAGGUGCUGAUUUGGAAUCAACAAAACAUCUUACUCCACUGACCUAAAGCAGACACGGAAUCCAAGUGAACCACAAGUGACUUUGAUCCACUGUGCUGCCCUUUCCCAAAAAUCUAAAUGUCAUGGCUGCGCUGCUAGCCUCUGUGCAGCUGCUGGCAGUGGCUGUAACAGUUUACCUAGAGCUAGUGAGAGCCAUUCAAGGGGGCAUCUAUUAUGGGAUCAAGCAGCUGCCACCCCAAAUCCCGCAAUAUCAGGCCCUUGGACAACAAGUACCUCACAUGCCACUGGGCAAAGAAGGCAUUCCAAUGCAGCACAUGGGCAAGGAGGUGCCACACUUGCAAUAUGGAAAAGAAUACCCUCAUCUGCCUCAGUACAUGAAAGAAAUCCCCCAAUUGCCUAUGCUCGGCAAGGAGAUGGUGCCAAAAAAAGAUAAAGAAAUUCCAUUAGCCAGUUUGAGAGGUGAGCAAGGUCCCCCUGGUGAGCCUGGACCAAGAGGGCCACCAGGGACCCCAGGAUUACCAGGUCAUGGAGUGCCAGGAGCCAAAGGAAAACCAGGUCCACAAGGAUAUCCAGGAAUAGGCAAACCAGGUAUGCCUGGAAUGCCUGGAAAACCAGGAGCAAUGGGGCUCCCUGGGUCAAGAGGUGAGAUGGGACCAAAGGGAGAGAUUGGACCUAUGGGAAUACCAGGGCCACAGGGACCACUAGGGCCUCCUGGACUGCCUGGAAUAGGAAAACCAGGUGUUCAAGGAUUACCAGGACAACAAGGAGUAAAGGGUGAACCAGGAAUGAAAGGACCACCAGGACUCCCGGGGCUUCAAGGGCCUAAAGGAGAAAAAGGCAUUGGGAUUCCAGGUUUACCAGGGUUAAAAGGUCCACCUGGGCUACCUGGCCCUCCAGGUCCAGUUGGACUCCCAGGGAUAGGCAAACCAGGAAUGAUUGGGUUUCCAGGACCACAGGGACCUAUAGGUAAACCAGGACUUCCAGGUGAACAAGGGCCACAAGGUCUUCUUGGGGCACCUGGGAUUCAAGGUCCACCUGGCCUUCCAGGUGUUGGAAAACCAGGUCAAGAUGGAAUCCCAGGCCAGCCUGGAUUCCCAGGUGGAAAGGGGGAACAAGGCUUGCCGGGUUUACCAGGGCCACCGGGCCUACCAGGAAUUGGGAAACCAGGAUUUCCUGGGCCUAAAGGUGAUCGUGGCAUGGGUGGUUUUCCUGGAGCACUGGGACCUAAAGGUGAGAAAGGGCACAUGGGUCCUCCUGGCAUGGGUGGGCCUCCCGGGGAGCCAGGUCAACCAGGAUUACCAGGAGUAAUGGGGCCAUCUGGUGCUGUUGGUUUCCCAGGACCAAAAGGAGAAGGUGGACCUGUAGGGCCUCAAGGACCUAUUGGUCCAAAAGGUGAGCCUGGCCUACAAGGUUUCCCAGGAAAGCCAGGUUUUCCUGGGGAAGUAGGACCCCCAGGUCUUCGAGGACUACCUGGUCCAAUGGGGCCAAAGGGAGAAGCUGGUCACAAAGGUUUGCCAGGCCUGCCUGGUGUUCCUGGGCAAUUAGGACCAAAAGGGGAACCUGGAAUCCCCGGUGAUCAAGGCCAUCAAGGUCCAUCUGGAAUCCCAGGUAUCGCAGGACCCAGUGGCCCAAUAGGACCACCUGGACUUCCAGGACCUAAAGGAGAACCAGGUGUACCCGGUCCACCAGGCUUUCCAGGAGUAGGGAAACCUGGUGUUUCAGGGCUGCAAGGACCACCAGGAAAACCUGGGGCACUUGGUCCACCUGGCCAGCCGGGUCUCCAGGGUCCUCCAGGGCCACCAGGUCCACCUGGUCCUCCAGUAAUAAUCCCACCCACCCCACCGGCCAUUGGACAAUAUUUGCCAGAGAUGGGGCCUGGCAUCGAUGGAGUGAAGACCCCACCUGGCUAUAUGGGCAAGAAAGGCAAGCAUGGUGGUGCUGUCUACGAAAUGCCUGCAUUCACAGCAGAACUCACCACACCCUUCCCACGGGUAGGGGUGCCUGUGAAAUUUGACAAGCUUCUCUACAAUGGCAGGCAGAACUAUAACCCACUGACUGGUAUCUUCACCUGUGAGAUCCCUGGGAUUUACUACUUUGCCUACCAUGUUCACUGUAAAGGGGCCAGCGUCUGGGUAGCUUUGUACAAGAACAAUGAGCCACUGAUGUAUACAUACGAUGAAUAUAAAAAAGGUUUCCUGGACCAAGCUUCUGGAAGCACCGUCAUUCAGCUGAUGCCUGGAGACAAAGUUUAUAUUCAGAUGCCAUCUGAACAGGCAGCGGGACUCUAUGCUGGGCAAUAUGUUCACUCAUCUUUCUCAGGAUAUUUAUUGUAUCCUAUGUAAAAACAAAAACAAAACAAAACAAACAAAACCCCCAGACAAAAUCACAACUCUUUUCCUCUGCUUCAAACUUUUAUACCAUUGAAAGAUGCAUUUACUGACAGUUUUAGAUCCCUUUUGUACAACAAAUGAAACACAAAGUUUCACAUUAUGCACAGCUUGUUAUAAAAAUGGUGUGGUGAACAUAUUUAAUGAUGUGUAUCAGGUUCAUAACAGUUGUUCUGUAUCCAAUGGGGACAUAUUAGCUGUACAUUAUAUAUUUCUGUGAUACCAUACUUACUUCGUUUCAUUCACAAUAACGCAGUAUUAAGGGUCAAAUCUUGCAUACAUCACUCACUCCUGUUGCCUAUUUAACUGAACAUUGAUCUAAAGAGCGAGGUGAAAAGAUAACUUAAAAUAAAUAGAAUGUGUCAGUAUGAAAUGAUCUGAUUUUAUAUAUAUAUAAAUAUAUAUAUAAAGUUUGAGUAAUUUUUUUUAAAAGCAGGUUUUAUCUAACCCUGCACCAUAAGCAAAGAUUCUCUUAGCUGAAAUCCUUAUUUUCCCCACAUACAGUAUCACGGAACAGUUUCUUCUAGUAAAACACUUAAGAUAGAAAAGAAUGUUAGCACAAGAGAAUUUCAAUUCACUGCUAGCUGAGGGCUUUAUCCAAACAGCCAUUGGAAUCAAAAGGAAAAUUGCCAUCAACUUCAGGGGGCAAUAGAUCAACCCCUAAUACCACAGCAUUCAAGAAGCCUCCAUAUAUAUUUACAAAGCAGAAGGUAAACAUGGUAGACCUGAGAUAUGGUUUUAGUCUAAUGACUUUAGAUAUAUUAUGCCAAAUUAUUAAAAUAAUGUAGCAUUUUGGCCAAUGAACGUCAGUGCAGUAUAAAGACACACAGUUUCCCAUACCUUUGCUAAGAAACUGCAUUCUGUUUGGCUUUUAAGAGAAUGCGCUUGUUCUGGGAUUCAGCCAAAAUUAGCUUAUUAAUGAACAUACAGCAAAAGUGGCACUUGCUGUUUGCUAAAUAAUAAAUAAACUGGUUUGAGAUUGUCCAAUAAUUUUAAUCUGUAACAAGAAUCAAGCAAACUCUUGUACUUUUGUCUUAUUUCCAUUGUGUGGGGGUGCUGAGAGGUGUUGGGGGCCUCUGAUAUACAGGAGGUCAGACUAGAUAAUCUAAUGGUCCCUACUGGCCUUAAACUCUAUCACUCAUCUGAGAACAAUUUCAUUUAAUAACGGAUUUCCAGUUCUUUUUAUUUAUGUUUUGUUACCAAUUGCCUAGGUUUGUAUAUGAGCAUACGUAGGCAUCAAAUGUGUGCGUAUGUGGGGGAAGCAACAUUUUUACAAGGUACUGUCUGUUCAACCAUGGUGCUAAUCUCACAGCAAAAAAUUAAUUACUGAGAUUAAUUUAAAAAUAUCUUAAUACUGUACUUUUAUGUGUUUCCCUUUUCAGUGUUGCACAUCACACUAUUGCAUUAGUUUAAAAGUAGGCUGAACACACCUUCUAUGUCUUGACUAAUGCAACCCAGUUUAAUUCAAAAUGAACAAGGUACUUCCAUGCAGGAAAAAAAAAAAAAAAAAAAAAAAAGAGAUUUAACUGGCAUGACCAUUAUUUAAAUACAGAGUUUAAUGCAGUGUAUUACCAACACAGCACUGCAAUGACUGUAGUGCGGUGCGUGAUCUCAGAUAUUUUAUGGAAUGUUGGUGGCAAUGGACAGUUUACCAGACACUGGUGACUUUGGUGAGUUUCCAGAAUAUGUAUGAGAUAUGUCAAUAGCAAAUAAUUUUUGUAUUUAAAUUUUUUGUACUGAUUUGAAAAAAAAUCUUAUUAAAUAUCUAAAAAAAAAAGUUUCCCUUUAUUAACAGAAUGACUAGAAAGAAAGUUUGAAGCACCAAAUUCGCGCAAAUUUGGAGCACAAGGACACUCAGAAUCUAUUAAAAACAAACCAGUGUGAAUGAUGAUCUACAAAGGACAUUAUUUUUUUGCAGAGCUUGCUAUUAAUCCAUAUUGCAAAGAAACCAAUGUAAUCUCUGAGCAUUUACCAAUAGAUGGUGCCUCUAGAAUCCUGAAUGUGCUAAUAUGCAAAUAUCACUCUGAGAAAACACCACUGGUAUUUCUACAUAGGCCUUAAUCCUGCAUGGCCUUGCUUGAUGCACAGCAGUGUGUGGUAGGUGUUGUGGAGGGAGGGAGGGAGAGAGAGAGUUUAAUCAUAGUACUGGUUAGCGUAGAGAACUAUGUACCUUGCUUGAAAACACAGGUUGAAAAAAGAGUGGAGCACAGGAAGAGAGGGGAUGUGCCUUGAGAGAGACAAGCUUAAGUAUGAUCCUCAUCAUUCUGGGUGGGCAAUUAGUGACAGUCUCCUUUGAAGCUUUGAACCUACCAAUAGGCAUAAAUAUACUGUGGGCUGCACAGCAUGCUGCUGAAGAUGGGCCAUCAGAUUGGGAGUCAGGAGAUCUGAAUUCUGGUCCCAGAUCUGCCAUUGUAGAACAGAGAAGUUUACUCACCAAACUGGCAUGGAGUGGGAAACAAUCCGAUACUGAAAUAGACCAGUAGCAGAUCCCUGGUUCCUUGAUUGCUCAGACAGAGACCAGAGAACAAAUUUUUAAUUCUCACAGACCAUUCCCUCAUGUGCUCUUGGGGCAAGGCAGCCCCUUACUCAUGGCAAAAUGUAAUGUCACAAUCUAGCACAAAACAUCAAAACUAAAACGAAUGGGUCCACAUAUUCAUUCAUGGUGGAUUUUUUCUUCUUCUUCUUUGAUCACUGGGCCACAUUCAGAAUCCCUAAAACCACAAACUGAAGAAAGGGCUUUUUCUUUUCCAAACUCAAAUUCAUGGGGAAAAAGUGAGAAAAAACAAACAGCACUGAAGCAUUAAACCAUAUGUUCUUUAGUAUUUCUCUCUGUGCUUUUCCUCUGAAGUCUCUCAUGAGCUUCCUCUUUCCUCAAGCUCUUCCUAUUGAGCUCCCAGACACUACUCAUGAACAAGAUUAAAAACCCACAAAAAAUUGCCUCUAAGAGAAUUUUUUUCUUUGACACAAUUUAUCACCACCAACCGUGACAAGAUUUUGCUUUUGCUCAGCAUAGAGUAAUUUGAAACCUGAUUUGCAAAAAGUGUCAUUCUUCCCAUAAAGGAGUGAUUUUGCCUUGCCCUUCAAUUUUGAGAAAGCAAAAGCCGCCAGUUCUGAUAGAAUGUAUCAUUUUUGCACUAUGCUACAGCUCAUGUUAAAGUAACAUGGAUGGCACUUUCCCUCCCCGUUUCUCUACUCACCACCAUAGAAACUUGACAUCUCUUGUUAAAUUAAAUGUGUCAACUGAAUGGCAAUGAUAGAUCCACUAUACAUCAUUUAUAUAGUGCUGUAAUGAGGUCUAGCACUGUGAUUUGCUAAAAUGUAUCCUUAAAACAGAUUAUAUGGAAAAUAAUCUGACAAUAUUCAAAACUCCACUUAAAACACCUGUUAACAGCCAAUGACUGUCAAAAUAAAGUUUGUAUUAAAAGGCACAUAAAUAUCAAGCCAAACAGCAAAUGAAAUCAAAUAUUUACUUAAACCAGAAAAACAAAACAUUGAUUUUCACAUAUUCUUAAAAUUAUACACUUUAUUUAAACACAAAUACAGACACAAACAACACCCCUGCUCCCAUAUUUUAGGUUAAGAAAAUAUUUAAAGGGGUAUUUGAAAAAAGAUAAGUAUAUUAGUGUACAUAACAUAACAAGACACGUCACAUAUUAAUUAUUAAACCCUUCUUGUCAUUCCAAAAUAGGAACAAUACAUUUUCAUUUGAAAUGUAAUCUACAGAGGUGCAUUAAACACUCACAGAUUCAUCCUUAGUGCAUUAAUCUGUAACUUGCCUUUUAGUUAUAUCUGAGAAUUGCCCUUAAUUGUGACAGUUGAAGAAAUUAAGAUAACUUUCACAACAGAGCAAGCUCAGUCCAUUCCUUUAAGAAUCUUCCCCAAAGGCCACUGAAGACUCUCAUUGACUUCAGUGGUGUUUUGACUGGGGCCUUAAAGCAAAUGGACUAUUGCAGCUGACAGAAGGAAAAGGGAAAGAAAUUUAUUAAUAUUCGGCACCGUUAUGCUGGCACUGUACAUGGAAGUACAGCUUGCAGUACCCUGGAAUUUGUACACUGAAGACUUCAACUUGUGCUGCUGCAGAUAUCAAAUUAAAAAGCAGCUUUCAAUAGAGUGGCCCAUUGUAGAUUCUGUACCCUCUAGACCAAAGGAGAAUGAAAGCAAAUCUUAGAAAAAGAUCCUGCUCUAGGUUGCUCAAUUUAUUUUUAAAAUGAAAACUCUCAAGGCAAGUUGGAAUAACAGUGGCACAGGAUGACCUUAAAAAUGAGUGCUAUAUUUAAAACCGACACCCUGAUUCUGAUUCUCCACUACCUAGCACCUUGUGUGUUUACACCUGUGCAACAUGGGUGCAAAAUGCUACUAUUCUGAUUUGAAAUCACGUUGUAUCAGUAUUCCCUGGGUGUAAAUGACUACACAGGGUACCUGGCAGUGGAAAAACAGGUCCAAUGUAUACAGAAUUCUAUAAAGCCUGCAUUAUGCUACCAAAAAAAUUGUUGUAAUAAUUAUUUCACUGCUUAGUAUCAAAGAUAAAAUUACUUACCCAUAAAUGAUGCUUUUUGAAGACAGUACCCUCUGCUCUAUGUAUGUAGCGGUCAGAGCAUGUAUUGGGGUGCUUUGAAAGCUUAACUUUGUUCUCUUUGCAUUCCCUCACAACCAUCUCUCCCUUCCCGGUUGUCACCAUUUGGCGAUGUGUGUAUAGUUUAGGUGAAUAACGAAACUGUCACAAACCCCAAUUGACAGCUCUUUUGGCUUCCCAUAACUCUUUACUAUGGCUCCAAACAAACAAAAAACCUUAUGACAGGAACUUAAGAAAAGAUGUAGGUGGAUGAGAGUAGAUUUAUGGACGAUACCAAUUUGGAGAACAAGUAUAGAUGAGGAACUAAUCACUUCUCCAAAGCUGUGUGUUGCUACAUCCCUUCUUCAAUGAGGAAGAAGGUGGAGAGGAAAGGAAAGAGAAAUGACAAAGAUAAAUAUCAAGAUACUCUCAAAAGGAGGGGGAAAAUUAUAUAGCUAAUUUUGGAAAACGAUCCUGUAAUACUGUCAUACUAAACGUUGACACUUGGAUACAGUUGGACACUUUGGUGCAAGUCUUUACUGCCUACAUUCUGCCAGAAUGUAACAGGUUCUAUACAGAUACUUCAGAGACCUCAUGUAGUUGUACCAGCAUGAGGCUGCCACGUUCCUAGUUUGGUAAGGUAGAAUUUUCACUUUUGGCCUAACUCUCCUUCCACUGAAGUGGGAGUUUUACCAGUGUCUUCAAGGGCAGCAGAGUUAGGCCAACGCUGAUGCUGAGUGCUUUUUGAAAGCCGCACAUGUAGUAAUUACAUAAAAACCUCUCUCAACAGCACUAGACACAAAAUAAUAAUGACUGUAGUUCUGAUGCAACUUCCUCAUGGUUUUUUCCCCACACAGACAAGCCUUUUAAAUGAAUUGAAAUAAAUGCUAGCCGGUUUCAAGAGGUCUUGUGAAAAACAAUGUAUCAAUUUGUGUAAGGGCCUAAAACUGAUGGCAGUGUGGAGACGAGCAAAAUAGUGGAAACAUGAUUAACGGAGCAAGAGCCUCAAUAUCACCUUCUAAAGACAUUUGGAAUUACUCAAAAUCAUCAUGUCCUUACAAAAUGUAGCAUGAUGUGGCCUCACUAGAGCCUAAACCUGACUAAUCCAACAAGCUUAAUCUGAGACCAUCAGGGAU